AUGGCGGGCCCAGCCAACGAGCUGCGGAAGCAAUGGAACACCAAAAAUCUUGGCGGCCGGCUGGCCACCGAUUUUGUCAGCGCCUUCUGUGCUGCUUCAAUGGUUGCGCCAGUCAUCUCAAUAAUAGAUAGGUCAAUCAUGGAGAAUGCUAGUGGUCGGGCCACACUCAGCGACUCGCUCAAGUCAUCGUUCCGCAAUUUACUGCUCCGCCCGCAAACAGUGCUCUUCUCGAAACCAGUAGCUCUCAUCGUUAUGCUGUACGGCGGCACGUAUCUGACAGCCAAUACCCUCGACACCUGUACAGCAACUGUAAAGAACCGCCCGGCCACUCUCGUCACAUCGGGCACCACAAAGUUCUUUGCCAGCUCCGCCAGCAACAUCGGCCUCUGCAUAUACAAAGACGCCGUCUACGUCAAGAUGUUUGGCCCUGCGACUGGCUCCCCGCGACCAGUCAGCCUUCCGUCCUACGCCCUCUUCACACUGCGCGACUGCCUCACCAUAUUCGCGUCUUUCAACGUCCCGCCACUUCUCGGCCCCGUCUUCGAAUCCAAGAUGAGCAAUGAGCUGCGAAAGAAGAUAUCGGGCCAGACCAUGGCGCAGUUCGCGGCGCCGGCCUGCGUCCAACUCAUCAGCACACCCGUACAUCUCCUCGGCCUGGACAUUUAUAACAGGCCCAAUGGCCACGCAGGCCCGGUCUCCUGGCAGGACCGCUGGACGCAGGUCCGGCGCAACUGGCUCACCAGCUCGAUGGCUCGCAUCUGCCGCAUCGUGCCUGCUUUCGGCGUGGGCGGUACGGUCAACGCAAAAGUCCGCAGAAGCCUGAUGGAGAGGCUUUCAUGA